ACACGCAGACUUUCUCUCUCUAAAUACGAAAAUACUCUCUCUCUACACCAACAUACACGCUCUUUCUCUCUCUCUCUAAACACAAAAAUACUCUCUCACUGCAUAUAAACACUCCCGCGCACUCACAGUUUAUCAUCCUGUGUUUCCCAUUGAGUUUCGGAGAAUCACACUUCCGUCUCUCUCUCUACGUUUCUCUUUCUCCCUCUGUAAUUCCUCUCUCUUCCGAAACUGAUGUGCGACUUUAAUCUCUUUGGAUCCAUGAGACCCCUUUGAAUGAAUUUGUUGUUUUCAGGCAUAUUGGUGGGGACCUGAUUCAAGCUAUUCAGAAUGCCUCAGGUUAAGAUCGUCCCUAAGAACUUCAUGGACAUGGUGGCCGCCCUUCCUGCUUCGAAGCUUGAUAGUCUUUAUACUAACACUUUCUUUUGUGAAGCCGUUCUAAGGUCUUUGCCACCAGUCUCCAAGAUGUAUGUUUUGAGAAUGUUGUAUAUUGACGCUGCAGUAAGUGCCAAGUUAAUGCAAGAAUGGGUACUUCCAGAUAGUUUCUCAAAACAUAAAGCUGCAAUUGAUCGGUUAUUACAGUUGAGAGUAUUCACUGAAUCCAUUGACAGGAAAAGGGAAAUCAGUUAUAGACUAAAUCCCAAGUAUCAAGAGAAUCUUCGGAAAUACUUGGUACAUGGUGGGACUUUGUCAAGAGAGCCGAUGCCUUCGAGUGUUACUGUGAGGCUCCCAACCCUGGAGGAGCUAGAUGCAUAUGCCCUUCAGCAAUGGGAGUGUUUCUUGCUGCAGCUUAUCAAUUCAUCUUUAGUAGAAAGGCCAACAAACUUCAGCCCUUCAAUGAUGAAAGUUUUUCAGCGUGGUCUUAUAACUACAAGAGACAAUGAAGCUCCAAAAUUAACUGAGAAUGGCUUCCGAUUUUUGUUAAUGGAGACCCAUACCCAACUCUGGUACAUCAUGAGAGAGUAUAUUUCGACUUCUGAGGGACGGGGCAUGGAUACAGCAGAGCUAAUUUCAUUUUUAUUGGAACUCAGUUUCCAUGUAACAGGAGAGGCAUAUAACAUGAACACUUUGACAGAAGUGCAACAAAUAGCAAUAAAGGACCUUGCUACUCUGGGUUUGGUUAAACUUCAGCAGGGAAGGAAAGAAAGUUGGUUCAUUCCCACAAAGCUGGCUACUAAUCUAUCUGUCAGUUUAUCUGAUUCAUCAUCACGAAAAGAGGGCUUUGUGGUUGUGGAGACAAAUUUUAGAUUGUAUGCAUAUUCAACAUCUAAAUUGCAUUGUGAAAUCCUUCGUCUUUUUUGUCGGAUAGAAUAUCAGCUUCCCAAUCUUAUAGUUGGAGCAAUAACCAAAGAGAGCCUUUAUACUGCUUUUGACAAUGGCAUAACUUCAGAACAGAUAAUAUUGUUUCUUCAACAACAUGCUCAUCCCCGUGUUGCACAAAAAGCACCUGCAGUGCCUGAGAAUGUUACGGAUCAGAUUAGGUUAUGGGAAACUGAUCUGAACAGAGUUGAGAUGAAUCUGGCUCAUUUCUAUGAAGAUUUUCCUUCAAUGGACAUAUAUGAAGCUGCAUGUGAUUAUGCAAGGGAGUUGGGAGGGUUCCUUUGGGAAGAUUCCAAGAAGAUGCGUCUCAUCGUUCGUGGUGAAAUGCAUGAGGAAAUGAAGGAUUUCCUCCGAAGACAAAAAUAAACCCAAAAAAAAGUAAAAAAUGUUUACAUUUUGUUUCCGCUGCACCAUUGGUGGAGAGAGAGGGACAGGGAGAGCUGCCAUUAGAUUGUCUAGAGAGAGGUUAACGAGAGAGAGCUGCCAUUAGAUUGACCAGAGAGGUUUUUGUGCUGCCCCAUGGUGGUGGAGGAGGAGCUGUCGUGAGAGAGAGCUAUAACCAAAUUGGUAGAGAGAGAGAGAGAGAGGCCUGUGUUACCCCUUUGGAGAGAGAGAUGGAUUGUUCAGAGAGGUGUUUGUGUUCCUCCAUUGGAGAGAGAGGGAGAGGUCAUUAGAAUGGUUAGAGGGAGAAGAUGCUGCCCCUACAAUAUGUGUUAUAGGGUCUUUAAUAAUAAUUAAGUGGAUCGGGGCUCUAAGUAACAAAGAUGUAUCUUUCUGUUUUCUUUAUGAAAAAAAUGUUGCAAUA